AUGACAUACGAUCCUAUCAACUAUGCAUCGAUAUCGUUGGUUGUUAUGAUUGAAAUUGUUGUCCUUGUUCUUUUCUACAGAGUACGUAAACUCCCCUCAUUACUUUAUGGAAACUGUCUUCGAUCUGCCGGAUUACUAGUCAUUAUCAAUGCUAUAAUUGAUGCAUGCUGGGAAUAUAUUUUAGAAAUGCAAGGACCAGUCGGAACUUCCAUGUCAAAUGUUCUUCGUGGCAUCGAAACGAUUUGCUUUAUUGUCGCUCAACUGGAAUUUUUAAAAAUUCUUACACCUUUUUUUGGAUACGUUACUCCAAAAGCUGUGACCUAUGUACAAAUAGGUGUGGUUGCAGUUAGUCAAAUCUAUUUAAUCACAGCAUUCUACCCGUUUUUUCCAGGAGCUUUUUAUUCGUUGCGAUGGGUGCAAAUCAUUUGGCCAUCCGCUCUUGGUAUCUACGAUCUCAUGCAGCAAACCUUUUUGGUCUAUUUUGUAUUGUAUCGACUGCGUGAUACUACUGCCACAUUUCGUAUUCAAUUUGUCUUACUGGCAGUUUCGUGCUUUGUAAUCUUAUCUGGAGGUGCAAUCAUUACUAUGACGGUUACAGGCCACUCCAGACCUGGUAUUUCACUGUUAGGCGACCUUUCACUCCAUAUAUAUGGCGAGUGCAGCUUUAUCUCAAUGGAACUAUUACGUGCUGUUAUUCAAAAUCCAGCAACAAGACGUAACCAGAAUGCUAAUUUUACAGAUUCCAUGGCAACGGCAUCAAAUGGUGUUUUAGAGUCUGCCGAGAAGAAAAAAGUAUCAGCUAAAAAGAAGUCACUGCCAAAGAAUCAGUUAAAACACACUCCAGCUUUUAAAGAAAAGUCAACCAAGAGCAAAACACUUGGAUCCAUGGAUGAAAUUAAUCUUGACAAGAGUUGA